AUGAGCGCCCUCGCCUUCGACGACGGGAGCCUGGACGGGCUGGCCCCGGCCCUGGGGCUGCCCGGGGGCAGCGACAUCGACACGGCGCUGCUCAGCGACAUCGACGACAUGCUCCAGCUGAUCAACACGCCAGACAAUGACUUCUCGGGGCUGUUCGACUCUCCCUUUGGUGUCCCCGACAGCACCGUGCCCCCGGGGCUCCCACCCGCCCCGAGCACCCUCGGCACCUACCUGGGGCCCAGCAAGCCGCCCCCCGCCGCCCCCCCGGGCAAUGUGUACCCGGGGCCCCCGGGGCUGGCAGCCUUCACCCCGCAGCCCCCUGCCCCUCUCCUGCCUGCCCCCGGCCCCCCAACAGCCCCGGGGGUGAAGGAGGAGCCGUCGGCCGUGCCCAGCAGCCAGCCCCAGCCCGGCGUGAUGCUGGCCCCCCCCAGCUUCGUCCCCGCGUCCCCCGGCCAGUUCAGCCCCCAGCCCUUGGUGGGUUUCCAGAACCAGCACGGCUUCCCCGCUGUGCAGCCCGGGGGGGCCGUUCAAAGCCCCCUGCCCACCCCACAGCCGGUCCAGCCCGUGGCGACGCUGCCCGGCCCCGUGCAGAGCGUGGCACCCCAGCAGCUCCUGGCCCCCGGGCCCCCCCCUGCCGCCACCACCGCCACCCCCCAGCCCGUCUCGCCCCAGAUCCAGCCGGUGCCGGUGCUGCUGCAGCCCCAUUUCAUCAAGGCUGACUCCCUGCUGCUCACGGCCGUCAAGACGGACGCCGGCAGCGCCAAGACCUCCGGCAUCGCCUCCCUGGCCACCAGCGCCGGCGGCACCGCGGCCCCGCUGCAGGUGCCGGCGCUGGUGAGCGGAGGCACCAUCCUGGCCACGGUGCCGCUGGUGGUGGACGCCGAGAAGCUGCCCAUCAACCGGCUGGCGCCCAGCGGGAAGCCGGCGCUGGUGCAGAGCAAGGGGGAGAAGCGGACGGCGCACAACGCCAUCGAGAAGCGCUACCGCUCCUCCAUCAACGACAAGAUCGUGGAGCUCAAGGACCUGGUGGUGGGCACCGAGGCCAAGCUCAACAAGUCGGCGAUCCUGAGGAAGGCCAUCGAGUACAUCCGCUUCCUGCAGCAGAGCAACCAGAAGCUGAAGCAGGAGAACCUCAGCCUGAAGAUGGCCGUGCAGAAGAGCAAGUCCCUCAAGGACCUGGUGGCCUCCUGCAGCAGCGGGGGGGGCAAGGCGGAGGCCCCCAUGGAGGUGGUGAAGGCGGAGGUGAUGGAGAUGCUGACGCCGCCGCCCUCGGACGUGGGCUCGCCCUCCCGCGGCAGCCCCCUCUCGCUCAGCGGGGGCAGCAGCAACAGCAGCAGCGACUCGGAGCCCGACAGCCCCUUCUGCGACCACGGCAAGGUGAAGCAGGAGCGCCCGCUGCCCUCGCCCGGCAGCCAGGGCAUGCUGGACCGCUCCCGCAUGGCCCUCUGCGCCUUCGUCUUCCUCUGCCUCUCCUUCAACCCCCUGGCCUCCCUGCUGCGGGGCUCCAGCGCCCCGGCCCCCGUGGGGAGCCCGGGCACUGCGGGUCCUGGCAGGAGCAUCAUGGCCGAGUCCGGCACCGCGGAGGAGCCAUGGGGGUGGUCGCAGUGGCUGUGGCCCACGCUGGUGUUCUGGGGGCUGAACGCGGCGCUGGUGCUGGGGGCGGUGGUGCGGCUCUUCGUCUGCGGGGAGCCCGUCACCCCCCCGCACUCCGAGUCCUCUGUCCUCUUCUGGCGCCACCGCCGCCAGGCUGACCUCGACCUCGAACGGGGCGACUUCGCGCAGGGGGCUCAGCACCUGCGCACGGCGCUGGGGGCUCUGGGCCGCCCGCUGCCGGCCUCCCACGGGGACCUGGCGUGCAGCCUCCUCUGGACCCUGCUGCGCCACCUCCUGCAGCGCCUCUGGGUGGGCCGCUGGUUGGCCGCCCGCGCCGGGGGGCUGCGCCCGGACCCCCCGCCCCGCGCCCACGUCCGCCAGAGCGCCCGCGACGCCGCCAUGGCGUACCACCGCCUGCACCAGCUGCACCUCGCCGGGAAGCAGGCUGGGGGGCACCUGCUGGCCAUCAACCUGGCGCUCAGCGCCGUCAACCUGGCUGAGUGCGCCGGCGAUGCCGUGUCCGUGGCCGCCCUGGCUGAGAUCUACGUGGCGGCUGCCCUGCGGGUCAAGGCCAGCCUGCACCGCUGCUUCCACUUCUUGGCUCGCCCCUUCCUCUGCAGCGCCCGGCGCGUGGCCCUGUCCCAUGGCGGGGCCGUGCCCCCGGCCAUGCAGUGGCUCUGCCACCCCUUGGGCCACCGCUUCUUCGUGGACGGCGACUGGGCCGUCAAGGGCGUCCCGAGGGAGACCAUCUACAGCUCCGCCGGCAACCCAGUGGACCCGCUGGCGCAGGUGACCCAGCUCUUCCGCGAGCACCUCCUGGAGAAGGCGCUGUGCUGCGUGGCCAUGCCCGAGCCCGGCCGCCCCGCGGCGCAGGGAGAGGGCCGCUUCUCGGACGCGCUGGAGUACCUCCAGCUGCUCAACGGCUGCUCCGACGCCAGCGGCGCGCCCGGCCCCGCGCCCUCCAUCAGCUGCGGCUUGGCGGCGGUGACAGGCACCGACCCCGUGUCCAAGUGGUGGGCGUCCGUCAUCGGCGCCGUUAUUCACUGGCUGCAGGGAGACGAGGAGGGGGCCGAGCGCCUCUACCCGCUGGUGGAGACCAUGCCCCGGGUGCUGCAGGGCUCUGAGAAGCCCCUUCCCCGCGCCGCGCUGCACUCCUUCAAGGCUGUCCGGGCCAUGCUGAGCAAGCAGGACGGGAGCCAGGCCAGCCUGAACCACUGCGAGAAGGCCAGCAGCUGCCUGCGGGAGAGCCUGGAGCUCAGCAGCCCCCCCAAGUGCACCAUCGACAAGGCGGUGCAGCUCCUGCUGUGCGACCUGCUCCUCGUCACCCGCACCAACCUGUGGCAGCAGCAGAUGAGCGCCAGCCAGCAGCUCCGCGGCGCCUACCAGGCGUCCGCCCUGGAGCUCCGCGGCUUCCAGCAGGACCUCAGCAGCCUGCGGCGCCUGGCGCAGACCCUCCGGCCCGCCAUGCGCAGGGUGUUCCUGCACGAAGCCACCGCCAGGCUGAUGGCUCGCGCCAGCCCCACGCGGACCCACCAGCUGCUGGACCGCAGCCUGCGGAGGAGAGGGGUGCAGGGCAGCAAAACAGCCGGCGAGCCCGAGAGCCACCCCACACCGCGGGAGCACGCCGAGGCCCUGCUGCUCGCCUGCUGCUACCUGCCCCCCAGCUUCCUCUCGGCCCCCGGGCAGCGCGUGGGGAUGCUGGCCGAGGCCGCGCGCACGCUGGAGAAGCUGGGCGACCGCCGCAUGCUGCACGACUGCCAGCAGAUGAUCAUCAAGCUGGGCAGCGGCACCACGGUCACCUCGGGAUAG